CCUCGUCGGAAAGGAAAGAACACAGCAAGAAUCAGCGCACACGGCGACACAUUUUGUACGCUCGCUGCUGCUCGUAGCGCGUACGAAGCCCACGCGUACACGUGCCAGAGCCCCCGCACGGGAGCGCGCCGGCGAGGAUGACGCGGCGGUGCUCGCACUGUAGCAACAAUGGCCACAACGCGCGCACCUGCCCCGCCCGCUUCGGCGGCGGCGGCAGCCCGGGCGGCGGGGUGAGGCUGUUCGGCGUGCGGCUCACGUCCGCGCCGUCGCCGGUGGCUAUGAAGAAGAGCGCCAGCAUGAGCUUCAUCGCGUCGUCGCUCGGGGGAGGGUCCGGGGGCUCGUCGCUGGCGGCGAGAGGAGGAGGUGGGGGCAGGGGAGGGGGAGACGGAGACGCAGGGUACGUGUCCGAUGAUCCCGCGCACGCCUCCUGCUCGACGAAUGGCCGCGCAGAGCGCAAGAAAGGUACACCUUGGACUGAAGAAGAACAUAUAAUGUUUCUGAUGGGUCUACAGAAGCUCGGUAAGGGAGAUUGGCGUGGGAUAUCCCGAAGCUUUGUUGUUUCCAGGACCUCAACUCAAGUGGCGAGCCAUGCUCAAAAGUACUUUAUCAGACAGACAAACUCAUCAAGGCGGAAGAGACGGUCAAGCUUGUUUGACAUGGUCGCUGAAAUGCCAAUGGACGAGUCCUCAAUUGCGGCGGAGCAGUUUACUCCAAAAAAUACUCAAGAUGAAGCAACAAGUUCAAAUGAAUUGCCAACCUUACAUCUUGGGCAACAGAAGGAAGCAGAGUUUGCUAAACACCUGCCAACUUUACAGCUAAGGCAGCAUGACAAAUCUGAAUUCGCGGAGCCUUCAUUGCCACUACCAGAUUUGAAGAUGAACCUCGAUAUAACAUUUAAGACCAUAACUGUUCCGUCAGGGCCUGCAUUCUACCCAGCACUAGUUCCUGUUCCACUAUCUCUUUGGCCUCCAAAUGUUGCUAACAUGGGGAAAGGCAGCACAACCCAUGAAAUCCUAAAACCCACUCCUGUGAAUGGUAAGGAGGUGGUUAAGGCGGAUGAUGUUAUCGGUAUGUCUAACCUCAGUAUUGGUGAGGCUAGCUCUGGCUCCAUCGAACCCACUGCUCUUUCCCUUCAGCUUAUUGGGCCAUCGGAUAUGAGGCAAUCAACUUUUCAUGUGAGUCCACCAAUGAAUAGACCUGAUCUAAGCAAGAGAAACAGCAGUCCAAUUCAUGCAGUCUGAGGAAGCAUGGAAUAGGCCCACUGAAUCAAGUCUUACAGACUAUAGUAAUGGUCCUAAUACCCCAGAAUGUGAGCAUGUACUUCUGUAACAACUUCUAAGUUAUUCUAUUUCCAGCUUAUGUUCCUUGUCAUCGACAAAUGUAGAGAUACAUAUGUUAAUGAAAGUAGCAUACCAUUGAUGUCAGAC